AGAAAAAAAAAAUUCAAGUCUCCAGCUCAAGAAUCCACUUCCCUAGUAAUCUAUCUACUCCUCAGUUUUACGUUAAUUUUAAGUUGAUUUUGUCGGACUUUAAGAGAAAGAGAAGAGAAAGUGGCCUAUCUAUCGUGGACUUUCUUCAAUAGAGAGAGAGAGAGAGAGAGAGAGAGAGAGAGAGAGGAUUCGUUUACUUGCUCAAAGCUCGAAGCUUUCAUCUCUUUCUCGUUACUGGGCUUUGAUCAGCUUUUCGAAAUCCGAAGAAAAGUAACUACCUUUCGUCUCUCUGCUCGCGAUAAAAAUCUCAUCUUUCUCAACUUGCGUUUGAGAGAGUCUUUGCUCGAUUUGGAUCCAGUUUAAAGUUCCCUCCUUCUGCUAGCAGUUCGAUUAGGAUCCGACGAGCCGUUGAUCUGGACGGAUCUCCGGGUCGUGCUAAUUAGGGUUUAUUACCACAAAAAGUUUUCUCCUUUUCUCAUUUCUCUGUUGACUCUGAGCGAUGGAGAAGUUCACAGACCGAUGCUCGCUGCUCUAGCAUUCCGAGUAUGAAGAUGAACAUGAAGAAGUUUCUAAAAAAGCUGCGUAUCGCACCUAAUCAACGCGAAGACGGAGAAGGCUCGAUCUCGAACCGGAGCAACAAGUCCAGCGACGCAGAGCCGUCUCCUUCAGAUUCAUCGAGGUCUCAGGAGAGCAAGAACAACCCCGAGUUCAAACCCUUUGCGGGGUUUUCGAAUUGGUUAAGCUCUGUUGCUCAGAGGAAAGGCUCUAUCCCGUCAGCUUCUUCCAAUGCUAAUAGUAGUAACAGAGGGGGUGAUGAGACGAGCUUGGAACCUGGUGGUGGUGGUGCUCCCGUUGUGUCUGAACCUGGUGGUAAGGAUCCUGAGGUUGAGGAAGAGUAUCAGAUACAGCUGGCUCUUGAGCUGAGUGCUAGGGAGGAUCCUGAAGCUGCUCAGAUUGAGGCUAUUAAGCAGUUCAGUUUGGGUUCUCGUCCUCCUGCUCCUGAGAAUUCUCCAGCUGAACUCAUGGCGUAUAGAUACUGGCAUUAUAACUGUCUGGGCUAUGAUGACAAGAUCGUGGAUGGUUUCUACGACCUGCGUGGAGUGAUAAAUGAAUCUUCCUUGGAAAAGUUACCUCCCUUAGUUGAUCUUCAGGGGACACUUGUCUCAGAUGGUGUUACUUGGGAAGCUGUUCUAGUGGACAGAAACAAAGACUCUAACCUGUUGAGACUUGAACAGAUGGCUCUUGAUAUUGCAGCGAAAUCAAAGUCAGUGUCUUCUUCAGGCUUCAUGAACAGUGAAUUGGUAAAGAAGCUGGCGGUUUUAGUUGGAGAUUACAUGGGUGGACCAGUCGUAGACCCAGAUAGCACAUUAAGAGCUUGGUGGAGUCUGAGCUACAGUCUGAAAGCAACCCUCUCUAGCAUGGUCUUACCCCUUGGUUCUCUAACUAUUGGAUUGGCUCGUCACCGCGCCUUGUUGUUCAAAGUUUUGUGUGAUAGUGUUGGUGUUCCUUGUCGAAUAGUCAAAGGCCAGCAAUAUACCGGUUCGGAUGAUGUGGCAAUGAACUCCAUUAAGACUGAUGAUGGCAGGGAGUACAUUGUUGAUCUCAUGGGAGAUCCAGGCACCCUCAUCCCCGCUGAUGCAGCUGGGCUACAAAUGGACUAUGACGAGUCUGUCUACUCUGCUAGUCCCAGGGACGUCGAUUCAUCUCAUGUAGCUUCUUCCAGCAGUUGGGUUGAGACCUCAUUUGAAGAGCCCGCAGAAUCUUGGUCAGCAGAACAUCCCUCUAGGACCAAGGGUUCCUGGGAGGAAAAGCAACAUCCUGAAGGUGGAGGGGAUCUCAUGAUCCGUGAAAAUACUUUUAAAGAAGCUGUGGGAAGUCAAAAGGCUCCAGUUCAACAUCUUUCCAGCAAACCUACUCAUUCUUUCACUCAUGCCAGAUCGCCUUCUUGGACUGAAGGUGUUAGCUCUCCAGCUGGACGCAGGAUGAAAGUGAAAGAUGUUUCACAAUAUAUGAUCGAUGCUGCCAAAGAGAAUCCUCACCUAGCUCAGAAGCUUCAUGACGUAUUACUUGAAAGUGGAGUUGUUGCUCCUCGAAAUUUGUUUUCUGAAGCUUAUUCAGAGUCAAUGGAGGCAACAAUUGAAUUCAAACCUGUAGCUGAAUCCAGUGAUGAGAAAGGGGGAGAUUUUGGAACAAUUCAACAAGGAAGAGUCCAGAGCAAUCUUGGUCCUGUUAGGUUUCUGCCUCCACUCCCAAGGCCGCAAUCUAAAGCAAAUACUCAUGAUCAACGUGAACAUUCAGGACCUCUGGGUCCUUUGUCUGAUUCUUCACACUCUGAAACAUCUACCGACUAUUCCAGAAAUGUUCCUGUUGCUGUAGCUGCAGCUGCUGUUGUUGCAUCUUCCAUGGUUGUUGCUGCCGCCAAGUCAGCAAACUCGGAUUCCUCCACCUUAGAACUUUCUGUCGCAGCUGCUGCCGCAGUUGUGGCGACAGCUGCAGCAGUGGGCAGGCAGCUUGAACUAGAUUCACAAAGCAAUGAGGAUGGUGGUUCUGGUGGGCUUUACGGGCCAAGUUCAGGAGGAGAAAGAAUAUCCGACAGAUCUACUGGCAAUGAAAGUUCAAAAUCUGAUGCUGCAAUUGAUGAUGUGGCUGAAUGCGAGAUUUUGUGGGAGGAAGUUACUGUGGCUGAGCGUAUCGGACUGGGAUCAUAUGGAGAGGUGUAUAGGGGAGAUUGGCAUGGAACUGCAGUGGCUGUCAAGAAGUUCAUUGACCAAGAUAUUACCGGAGAGGCACUGGAGGAAUUCAGAAGUGAGGUCCGGAUGAUGAGAAGGCUCAGACACCCUAACAUUGUUCUCUUCAUGGGAGCUGUAACCCGUCCACCAAACCUCUCAAUUGUUACAGAAUUUCUUCCUAGAGGUAGCUUGUAUAGGUUACUCCACAGGCCUAAUAACCAAUUAGAUGAGCGAAAGCGUCUGAGGAUGGCUCUAGAUGCUGCUCGUGGAAUGAAUUAUUUACACAGCUGUAAUCCAGUAAUUGUCCAUCGUGAUCUUAAAUCUCCAAACCUUCUAGUUGACAAAAACUGGGUUGUCAAGGUGUGCGAUUUUGGAUUGUCUAGAAUGAAACUAAGCACAUACCUCUCUUCAAAGUCAACAGCAGGCACGGCUGAGUGGAUGGCUCCAGAAGUACUUAGAAAUGAACCUGCGGAUGAAAAGUGUGAUGUGUACAGCUAUGGAGUAAUUCUAUGGGAACUCUUUACGUUACAGCAACCAUGGGGAAAGAUGAACCCAAUGCAAGUUGUUGGUGCGGUUGGGUUUCAACAUCGACGACUAGAAAUUCCUGAAUCUGUGGAUCCUCGAAUUGCAGAUAUCAUCAGUAAAUGUUGGCAGACGGAUCCAAGGUUAAGACCAAGUUUUGCAGAGAUUAUGAACUCUCUAAAGCAGCUACAGAAACCUAUAAUGAGUCCAAACAUACAAAGAGCUAUUCCCAGUUCUUCGUCAAUGAUCACUGAUCAGGAACAAUAAUAGAGAGUUGAAGAAGAUGACUAAAUUGAUGAUGGUGGGAUCAUUCUGUGCAUGUUUUGUUGUGGUGUGCUGGUUCAUGUGGACUUUCCCAAUGUUUUUUUUUUUUGCGUAACAAACUGUAAAAAGGAAGAAUGCAGAAAAGGAAAAAGAAAAAAAAGAAAGGAAAAGAAAAUUAUUUUGGUAAUAGUGAAACAUUGAGAAUUGAACUUUGAAUGCUAGACUCUCAUGUACAAAAUUCAAAAGAAUUCAUCAUCAUUUACCUUGUUGGGAACAAACUCGUUUA